AACACAUGUUGAAACCAGAGACAUAUGUCCCUGUUGAAACUGAUAAUCUUUUAAUGUUAUUUAACUAAUAAUAAAAUUUAAGUUCUCCUAGGCAAAAAUACGUUAUUCUAUGCAGAUUUCCUAAAUGAGCGCAAUUAAAAAAUUCCCUGUUCCAAAAAUAAAAGAUAAACAAGAAAUACUUGGUGAACACUUGUAUGUCAAAAUUUCGCACAUUGUCAACACAGGACAAGUCUCUGAAAAUUCAGAACUCAUUUGCAAAGUUACAGGAGUCCUUCUUGAACGAGAAGAUGAUGAAUUAUUGCGGAUGCUUAGUGAUGAUAGUUUCUUGAAAAAGAGAGUUGAUGAAGUUGUAUCCCACCCAGACAUUAAGCCUAUUCCAGUAGAUCUGUAUUCAUCAAAAGAUGUCUCAGACCAUACAUCAUCAACAGAUGAAGAACUAUUAUUUGAUUCUGUUCAAUCAAUUGACAGUGAACACUGUUCGAAAAUAACAGGUAUGAUUCUGGAAUUGGGAAAUGAAAAUGUGAAAGUCUUGUUGCAAGAUAAAGAAAAGUUUCAGGUAGCUGUAGAUAAAGCCAGAUUAGCUAUUGAUAGCAGUGAAAGAGAAUUUAUAGGAGAGAUGUUGUACCAGAAGAUAGAGACAGUUUAUCCAAAACAUGUAGAGAAAAUCACAGGCAUGUUGAUGGAGAUGGAGGCAGAUAAGCUGAAGAAACUUUUGCAAGAUGAACACUUACUCAAACAAUAUAUAGACAAAGCUUAUGCAGCAUUAAAUAAAGUAUCAUGACACAAA